UGUCAGAAAAUAUAACCUAAAACGUAAACAAAACUCCUCGUUCGUGCACGUGGGGAUUGGUCGCGUUUAUUAUAGAAUAACAAACAAUAAAACAUUUCAAUAAUGGGGAAAGUAAAACAGGAACCAGUGGAGAGUACUGAACAAGCGGACAUAUCAGUUAAAGGGGAACCGCAAAACUAUGAUGAUAAAAUAGAACACUGCAGCAUUAUCGCCAAGCCGAUGGCACCGAAGAAACUAAGUAAAAAGAUAUAUAAACUUAUAAAAAAAUCCAGCAGUCAUAAAAAUUACAUCAGAAAUGGUCUUAAAAUUGUUCAAAAACAACUACGAUUGGGCGAGAAAGGAAUCGUUGUAUUCGCUGGUGAUAUAUCUCCGAUAGAAAUAAUGUGUCAUUUGCCCGCUGUUUGUGAAGAAAAGGAUGUUCCAUAUUGCUACACACCAAGUCGUAAAGACAUUGGCUCCGCGAUGGGAACAAUGCGAGGUUGCAUUAUGGUACUGAUCAAAGAACAUGAAGAAUACAAGGACUUGUACGAUGAGGUUAAAAGUGAAAUCAAAUAUUUAGGACAUCCUUUAUAACUUAGCUUUAAUUUUUUUUUUAAUAUAUUGAUAAGUUUCAGUUUUACGUAAAUAGUUUACGAUAAACUUAGAUGCAUGGGUGAUAUAACUCAUAUAAACACUUUAAAAUCAUUCUUGUUUUGUUCAAAAUUGAAGACUGCAAUAAAAAAGUGAUUUAAAAGAACUGUUAUAUGUCCACAAGGAUUUAUUACCUCAUACAACUAGAUAAUUUAAAUAAAAACUUAUUGUCAAAUCUUUGUCUAGCUGUUCCCAUGUGGUUUCAUUUAUAUGAAAUUAAACUGUUUUAUGUCAAAACAAUGUUAUGAUAAAGCUACAAAAAGAACUUGUGUUAAUAUUAAAUUUAUCUCAGCUUCAUUCAUUAUAAAGUAUACAAGACCAAGACAGCAUUGUAAAUAUUCUAUGACAAAUAAAUAUUCCAUUUCUUAAA